CUAACCCAAAUGGCAUCCGCUUGAAUUGGAACAAACCUUCUGGAGUGAUGAAAGCUGUGUACUUGCGGGAUUCUUCCAUUAAGGGGAUCUGGAGGAAAGGAGUUGUUGAUCCUAUAACAUGGAGGAUUGCCUUCAUACCUCUUCUGAAAACCUUUCCAAACUGGUCAGUUGGGCCCACAGCCAUGGGACCAUCUGCAGCCUCAUUCCAAAUCUAAAGCACUUGCUUUCUGAAGGUUCCCAUGGCAACCUGACAGCUAUGUGGGGCUGUAGCGCAGGCCAUGCGUAUCAUUGGCCACUGACUGCUACCUGCAGGGCUGGAUCCCAGGAAAGAGUAUGUUUCCAGGACAACAGAAGCUUCAACUCGGACAGUCCCAGCAUCAUAGGUGUGCCCUCGGAGACACAGACUAGCCCAGUAGAGCGGUACCCUGGGAGACCAGUGAAAGCAAAGUUGGAUUGUAACAGAACCAGGGACUCCUGUGAUUUCUCUUACUGCAGUGAGCCUUCAGAGCUAGAUGAAGCCGUGGAAGAAUACGAAGAUGAGGCUACCCUCUUUGACAUGGUCUGCGAGUCCUCGGUGACAGAUGAGGAUAGUGACUUUGAACCUCAUACCCAAAGAUCUCAAACCAUUUCCCGCAAAAGGCCUGGAGCGGGCCAAUCCUCAUCAUCUCUUUCAGGCUCCCAGUCUCAGGUCAUCGAUGAAAGUAGUAACAAUGUGAUCGUCAAAAAGAUUAAGCAAGAAAUCCCUGAAGAUUAUUAUAUUGUGGCUAAUGCAGAACUUACUGGUGGCAUUGAUGGGCCUGCAUUAUCGCUGACGCAGAUGUCAAAGCCCAAGCCUCAAACUCAUGCUGGACCUUCCUAUAUUGGCCCUUCUAAGCCCACCCCUCCUGUAGCGCCUUCUCUCAGUGCUGAGCUAGACUUACAAAAUGUGUCUGCUUCUCCCCCCGUCAUAUCGAGGCCUGCAGUUCAGAAGCCUGCAAGAGUAACUCUGGCUUCUCCAAACAGAGGACCAGCUAGCACCCCUACAGCCAACCCACAGGUAGCACUCCAGAUGCCAGUCAGUACUUCCAAUACCAGCAAACAGAUUAGCAUUCCUUUAUCCGCCCUGCAGCUCCCUGGACAAGAAGAGCAAGUUGCUUCAGAAGACCUUCUCCAACCCGUGCCAAAUCAGGUUCCUGCUGGCGAAGUAGCAUUAUCUCCUUCAAUUAGCGCGGAGCCGGAAGUCAGCUCUAGUCAGCAACAACCUAACACUGCUCCUAUCAUCACUGCUGAGGCAACAGCACAGUCAAUACCAGCAUACUCGACUAAACUCAACAAAUUUCCUGUCUUUAAUUUCGACGACGACCUGAAGUACCUGUGUAUCAGCGCUGUGAGCCCAAACACUACAAAGGCUACUCUGUACGCUCUGAACGUGUGGAGAUACUGGUGCAUGACAAAAGGACUUAAAGACUACAUGGACAUCACUAAGAUUCCAGCCUCGAAGCUGAAUGAACUCCUUGAGGACUUCUACAUUACGGUGAAGAAAACGGAUGGUUCGGACUUCCUAGCCACGUCUUUGCAUGCUAUCCGCCGAGGCCUGGACCGGAUUCUGAAGAAUGCUGGGGUGGGAUUUUCCAUCACCAGCAGCACCUUCACAUCCUCCACCAAAAAGCUGAAGGAGAAACUCCGGGUGCUCAGCAAGGCUGGGAUGUCUGGCGCUCGCUCUCGCAACAUCGUCUAUUUUUCCCUGUCCGACGAAGAAGAGAUGUGGAGAACAGGAUGCUUGGGUGAUGAGAGUCCGGUAGCCCUGCUAUCCACUGUGGUGAAAUAUAACAGCCAGUACCUCAACAUGAGGACUUUGCAGGAGCACGCAGACUUAAUGUACGGAGACAUUGAAUUACUCAAAGAUUCACAAAACAGGCCCUUUUUUGCCCGAACGGACAGCGUGAAACGAGAACACAGGGUGAGCUCUAACAAAGUGUGUUAUGGCCAGAUAUACCACGAGCACUCCAAAGGACACAAGCUGUGUCCCUACUGCCUCCUUUAUAAGUACAUGUACAUCCACCGGCCCCCAACCCAGAUGGAAGCAAAGUCUCCUUUCUAUCUGACUGCACGGAAGGAGAUUAGCGGCAUGGGAAAUGUGUGGUACGAGGAACAAAGGAUGGGUCUCCGCUCCCUGAGGGGAGUCGUCCCAAAGCUGGCUAAAAAAGUCAAACUUGACCACUGUGAAAACUUCACUUUUGUUUCAUUCACUCAGGCUUCCAGAAAGUUUGGCUCUCUUAACUCCUAUCAACAAGUCUGACAUCCAUGUUCUAACCCCAUCCGUUUGUUCAGUCAGUUGUACACGAAGGGGGCAUUGAACUAAAGGAGCUUAUUUCAGUAGCCAGACCUCUAUAGGCAAGCAGAAAGAUGAUGGCCUGCUGGCGACUCGCUUUGAUCCUUAUCGAAGCGGCUGCUACUGAGAAAAAUUGAGCUCUUUUCCAAAUGUGUGUUAAUUAUAGUCUAUUAUUGAGACACUAUAUUGCUGCAUAUACAAGAAUGCUA